UCUUGUAUAACUUUCGCUGUGUAACUGGAGAUGACAGAAACUACACCUCCCAAAUAACAUUGCGAUUAAUUGCUUCUCUAGUUUCACGGAGUAUAGCUAGUUCACUACUUAAAAAUCCUGUUUCAUGAUUGACUUUAUUUAUAAAAAAAUACUUAUCCGAUAUCAUGGCGGAAUCUGCAGCCUGUCCUGCAUUCCAGCUUGGAAAACCACGAUAUGAUCAGAGUUCAUUUCUUGGCCGGCUGAAACACUUUGUAGAGAUCAUUGACCCCAGCACACUCUUUGUGUCUGAGAGACGAUUGACAGAAUGCAUUAAGCUCCUGGAUGAAUUUAAACACGGAAAACUACCACCGGGAGUUUCUGAUCUACAGCUAUGGGAAGCCCAAAAGGUCACGCAGGCCAUCAUUCAUCCUGACACAGGAGAGAAGAUUUUCAUGCCUUUUCGAAUGUCAGGUUAUGUCCCAUUUGGAACACCAAUUGUUGUGGGCCUUCUUCUUCCAAAUCAGACUGUGGUAUCCACCAUUUUCUGGCAGUGGCUUAACCAGAGUCACAAUGCCUGUGUCAACUACUCAAACCGCAAUGCUACUAAGCCUACACCGACAUCCACGUUUCUUCAUGGUUACUUCGGAGCUGUGACCAGUGCUGUCUCUCUUGCGGUAGGACUGAAUGUACUGAUUCAGAAAGCCAACAGGUUGAGUCCAGCGACCCGAAUGAUAAUACAGAGACUCAUCCCUUUCCCAGCUGUGGCCAGUGCCAACAUUUGCAACGUGGGCCUCAUGAGGCACAAUGAGCUGUCGGAGGGCGUCGACGUGCUGGACGAAAAUGGGAACAUAUUGGGCUCCUCAAAGAUUGCUGCCAAACAUGCAAUUAUGGAGACAGCCUUUACCAGAGUGGUCCUCCCGAUGCCAAUAUUUGUCCUUCCUCCCAUCAUUAUGUCCUACCUAGAAAAACUUCCAUUGCUGCAGAUGAAUCGGAGGCUGUUGCUGCCCAUCCACAGCCUGGUGUGUCUGGCUACCUUCAGCCUCUCCCUGCCCCUGGCCAUCAGCCUAUUCCCACAGAUGUCUCAGAUAGAGGUGUCUCAGCUUGAGCCGGAGAUCGCAAUGGCAACAGAUUGCAAGGUGGUGACCUACAACAAGGGACUGUGAUGACUGGCCCCCGAGGAGAGAGUAGAGGACAGGGCACUGAACAGAGGUGCAAAUUAGCCUCCUAUUUGACUGGCUGUAACGGACACUCCAGGUCUCUCUCUGGUGUAGGGUGAAGUUGCCCCUAGACGCUGAUCUUGGCUCAGUUUUGUAUUUUCCCACUAAUGGAUUGGGGAGGAAAAGCUUAUCCCAGAUCUGAACCUAGGGGAAACUUCACCCUGGAUCACUGUCUCCCAUAGCAUGGUAACAGCUCCAGGGACUUUUGGCUGCAUUAAAAUAGUGUAGCAUAGAUAAUGUACUGUCUUAAUCAAUGGUUUUAAUACAACACAUUCCAUGGAAUGUGAAAAUUAUGCAAAUCAGUAAGGAUUGAGAGGGGUUAACAGAACAAUAUUGUUGUCAUAUGUAAUAUGUUGUAAUAUGUUAUGAUGGAACUUUAUAAUGUAAUGCCCAUACCAUACCAGCUAUUUCGCAAUUGGUCAUGCUGAUCAACCCAAUUGUUUAAAUUUUUAUGAGAUGUUUUUAUUGUUGACCUGAAGUAAAAAAAAAAAUGUUUAAGUAAAAGAUACAAUCUAAAAUAGUUUUACAAUCACAUGAAUCAGUGUUGAGUGAUAGAUCCUGACAGACUGUUACAUACCCCUUGACUUAUUCCACAUUGUUUUGUUACAGACUGAAUUCAAAAUGUAUUAGAUAGAUUUGUUUUCUCUCACCCAUCUACACACAAUACAGAAAUAUCUAAUUUGCAUAAGUAUUCACA